AAUGGGGCCUCUCGUUGGUUCCCGUGGCCUGACAUUGCGUCGUCAUGUUUGUUUCAACGCCUUUGCCGCAGCGAUUCCCCGGCAGGUGAUUUACAGGAACAGCCGACUUUACUCACAGGUGGUCAAGGAUGAGGCAGAAAGCUCGUCAAAACGCGCCAGUGUGUUAGAUCUUUGGCAGAAAUAUGAGGCCAAUGACGAAUUACUUGGGCUUGGAUCAGAGGAUGUGUACGUGGGAUUAUUAGGCAAGAGUCGCAAUGUCUCAAAGCACCUCUCAUUCGCAGAUCUCACCACGCCGUCCGGUGAAAUUAUUCAGGUCUGCUCCAGCUCAGAGAGAGACAGUAAAGCCCAUGACGACUUCCGCCAAGUCCCAGCUUUCAGUCCCGUUCUUAUUCGUAUAAAGCAGCACGAGGCUGCAAACGCCGUCGAGCCAACUACCAGUGAUGGCUCAUCAAAGAGAACCGUCUACCUUGAUAGCAUACGUGCCCUCAACAGCGUUCCAAAAAAUCUCAUAGUAACACCAGAAGUCCAGUUCCCGCCAACAAAGCGCCAUCUCCAGAUUCGAUUUCACCCGGAACUGCAAGCCAGACUUCAAUUUAGAUCAUGGCUCAAGGGAAUGCUGAACCAAAGCUUGCUUCAGAAGGGGUUUACUGAUAUAGAGACGCCAACUCUAUUCAAAUCUACCCCCGAAGGUGCCAGGGAAUUUUUGGUUCCUACUCGACAAAAGGGUACCGCUUAUGCUUUAAGUCAAAGCCCACAACAGUACAAGCAGGUCCUCAUGGCUAGUGGCAUUAUGCGUUAUAUGCAAUGGGCUCGCUGUUAUCGCGAUGAGGAUCUCCGCGCUGAUCGGCAACCAGAAUUCUCACAACUCGAUAUGGAGUGGGCUUUUGCUGGGGCCGAGACUGUGCAAAAGGAUAUCAAUGAUAUCAUCUUAGGAGCAUUAACCGCUCUGCAGCCGGCACAAAGCUACAAGGAGAUUCGAGGAGAAGUGAUUCCAGUUGUCGCCGAUAUACCUUCCACUCCACCGCCAGCAGACCAACCUGUAGCCCAUCAGUUCACCAAUAUUACAUUCGCAGAUAGCAUUGCUGCAUACGGCUCUGACAAACCAGAUUUGCGUAUUCCUCUACGGAUACAUGCUUUACCGGAUCCCGAACCUUUCCGCAACUUUGUUGGCAUGAUAACCCAUCUGUCUAACCCUCUUAUAGAGGCUUUUGCAUUGCCAUUGAACGGUUGGUCCUCUUCGGAUGCGCGCAAAUUUAUCACCAAAUUUAUGGACGAGCUUCCUGCCUCUUUGGCAAAUAAUCCAGAUGGAAAACCUCAAAUUCUCAUCCACGACUCAAGUCAGCCACUGUGUGGAUUCUCUUCGUUGGGCUUUGAAUAUGAGAGCGUUUUGGAUUUGCUUUCAGAAAAAGAGGGCCUACAAGAUGGAGACCUUGUUAUCUUCCAGGCCCGAGAGAAGCCUGCUGGACAAUACUACUCAGGCUCAACUAGAAUUGGAGACAUCCGCAACUUGCUGUGGAAGGCACUUGUGGAAGCAGGUCAUAUGCAAACCCCGCGACUUGGUGAGCCAGGAUCGCUACAGUUUGUGUGGGUUACAGAGUUUCCCAUGUUUAAGCCUGUUGAAGAGGGCGAACCCGGCCAGGAGGGCGCAGCAGGAAUUGCGGCGUCUCACCACCCCUUUACUGCCCCCCUAUCCCAGAAAGACCUAGAGCUACUGUUUACCGAUCCCCUAGAGGCAAAGAGCGCUGCUUAUGAUCUGGUUCUCAAUGGAAUUGAGAUUGGUGGAGGUAGUGUGCGUAACCACAUUGCCGACGUCCAAGACUUCAUCAUGCGGGACGUUUUGAAGAUGACCGAUAAGAGGAUCAAAGACUUUUCUCACCUGUUCGAAGCCCUCCGCUCAGGAUGUCCUCCUCAUGCUGGUUUUGCACUCGGAUUUGACCGGCUUGCGGCACUGAUGACCGGCACGCCGACUGUCCGAGACGUCAUAGCCUUUCCCAAGACGAUGAAGGGCGAAGAUCCCUUCGUCCAGUCACCUAGCAAGCUAAGCAAUGAGCAGCUUGCCCCAUAUGGCCUGCAACUUCGCUCAAAAUCUGGAUAAGAUGAGAGAGGAUUAUUCCACACUACUAAUAUUUAAAGCACUGGAAUUAUCCAAGACAUCAUUCAUAUGGCUGAUUCGAAAAGACGACACCAAUCCAUAAAACCAACCAUGUAAGACAGAACUGUAUGACCACUGCGUGAACAAUCUUAGACGCAGAAUUUUGUAUAAUAGAUGUCCAAACACGACACCAUUUAGAAAACAUAUAUUCCAUUCAAUGACAUUAUGAACCAAUUGCAAU